GUUUCAAUUAGAGAGCCAAAUAUAUAUAUUCAUAAAGGAAUUAAGCUACACCCCUUGCUUUGCUCCCCUCUGGCCAAUAAAGAAAUUAUCUAAACCUUCCCAAACUAGUUGCUAUUAAGAGCACUGAUGAGCUAAUUAAGCCUCAACAGAAUGGCUGUCCUUGCUUCCUGUUGGCUGAUCAUUGAAUCUAUUGUCAUCCCAGAUGGAUUUGUGAAGUGGUUUUAUUUGAGCUUCUAUAUCCAUCCCAUUUUUCUUUUUGUAUGCCAUAUUUUUCUUUGGCUCAAAUUGAUACUUAAAUGUCUUUCAGUUGUCUUCUUUUAUCCUCUUAAAAUCACUAGUUGUGUUUGUUUAUAUGUUUUUAAAGUUUUCAAAGAUUUUGUCAUUUAUGUUUUUUCAUUCACUAGAUUGACCAAUACUGAAGCCAGCAGAGAAGAGGCAGAGAAUUAUACACUUGUACAAAACUGUAUCAGAAACCAAAUUGUUACCUCCUAUGGUAUAGCAUCAAUAUCAUGUCAGCUAAAAGUACUCCAACUUCAGAAAUAUUAUGUGCGUGAAGAGGAGACUCAAGUUUCAUGCGAGGAUGAACAUAUGGAAGAGGAAAACAUGUUUUUUGAUGAAGGCAAAGGCAUGAUUGAUGAUUCCUCUUCUAUUUGUAGCACUGAAUCAUCAUCCUUUCUUAAUCCUUACAAAGCAGGGAGUUUCGUUCACUGGGAACUCCUAAAUUGCGCUGAAGCAUUCACAAAAGAUGCUAAUUUAAAUGAGUGCAUACCAUCAAUUUGUAGCUCCAAUUCGUCUGCAGACGAAAAUCUUGACACGAACGAAUAUUCAUCAUUGUUUUUCAGCUCUAAUAAAGCACCUGAAGAUCAAGACAUUAAUGAAUAUUCAAGAUCUAUUUGCAGCUUUAACUUACCAGCAGUGGUGGAACGAGAGGAACCUAAUGGACUUGAGGACCAAGAUUUAGACGCAUUCUACAGCAAGUACAUCCAAAUAAUGGGAUGGUUCGAUGUCCUCAACUACGAUCGCACAUGUGGAAUUAGUGCAAUCCUGAGCAAGCAAGUAAUAGGGACUCCAAAUUCUUUUGAGAGCGUUGAGCCUGUGGAUUUCUCAGUCUUCCCUUAUAUGUCAUUGAGCAAAACAGUCAGAAAGAGGCUGCUAAGAAGUUUAGAAAGCGAUUUCGAGCUGGUUUAUGUGGCUCAGUCGUGCCUGUCAUGGGAAGCUCUCCACCAUCAAUACAUAAAAGUUGAAGCUCUUGCCAACUCUAGCUCUCAAAAUGGGUUAUUUUCUGAUAAUGUGGCGGGAGAAUUCCAGAAGUUCCAAGUGCUUUUGGAGAGAUUUAUGGAAGAUGAAAGGUGUGAAGGCAAAAGGGUUUGGAAUUAUGUUAGAGGAAGGUUUUCCCGCAAGAGCCUUCUCCAAGUCCCUAAGGUUUCAGGAUUGUUUGAACAGGAAAUGGAAAAAGAAGCCAUAGACGUUAAAGAAGUUUUGAAGGCCAUAGAGAGGUGCAUAGAGGCCUUUUGGACCUUUGUCAAAACAGACAGCAAAAAGCCUUGGUGGAAAUUGAGAAGUUCCUUAUGGACUUGUCCACCUGUUGAGGACCCUAGAGAUUUGAAACUAUUAGCUGAUCUCACUAGGACACUCCAUAAGAAGGAACUAUGGUUAAAAGAUUCAGAAGGGAAGCAAAGGUGCUGGUUCAGGAGAGUGGUAAAGCCUGAUAUAGAGGAGUCCCAAAGAAAGGAGAUGCUGUUCACAAUGAUAUAUAUAAAGUUGAUAUCAAGAGUGCUCCAAUUGCCAGUGCUCUCCUCUGCCCAGCUCAAUUGGUGCCAAGAAAAGCUCGACAACAUUCAGUUCCAAGAAGGGAAGAUUGUCAGGGCUUCCUCCUCGGGCCUCUUAUUUCCUCCUUGACAUUUUUCUGCAAGUGGAACAAAAAUAUAUGUAUAUAUUAUAAAAUUAAUUAGCUAAAUUAGUUCAAGUACUAUGCUUAUAGCUUGUAAACAUGUGUGCCAUGAAACAUAUUAGAAUAAUAGUUAAAUACUUUAGAUAAAUAGUUGAAUACUUAAAUACUAUGUUUAUAGCUUGUAAACUAAUAUAUUAUAAGAUGUGAGUUCAGUUAUUCGGCUCAUUGAAAGUUCAUUGGGUUAACAAGUGAAAAGAUUGUAGUAAGGAAUUUCUCUCUCUUGUUUUAGGAGAGAAUCUCGAGUCGUUUGCUUGUCUAGGUUUUCUCGAUACCGUCGAGACGCUCAGGAGAAGCUGUUGUUGCUUAUCUUUCUGGCCAGACUUAGGGCGGCUCUCUCUCAUCCGGGCUCAGUGUAUAUAGUUUUUUGCUUUGUGGUUUUUGCAGGGGCGGUAAAAAAUGUGAGAGUAAUCUUUGCAAUCCUGUGUAUGAUUUAUUGUUGGUUGUGUUGGGGCUUGCUGUUAAGCUGGCUGGGUGAAGGUUGGGAGGUGUUGUUUGGUGCUGGGUCUGCUGUAAGCGACAAGAGGUCUCUUCUUGCUAUGGUUGUUUCGCAUAUCCGGGAUUUGCUUCUACACCACGGCUAUAAAGGUCAUCCCGAUGGCUUAUGAUGGUUAAAAAGCAAUGCGAUAACACCCUUUUGUAGUGGCAGAGUUAAGCAAAGUUUUGUGGAGAAAUAGUGAUUAGUGCAUAUGGUGAAAGGCUAUGCUGUGAUGUGAAUGUUGGGUUGCUCCGUGUGAAGUCGAUGAUGACUAGGCUUCGAUCUCUAGCUCAAAUUUUCUGCCAGUGGCAGCUGUGGCGAAAGGCGACGGUGAAUCUUUGUUUAAACUCUCUUCUGCUUUUUUUGGAUUUCUAGGAAGGGAACGAGUUGAUUUGUGAGUAUUGAUUUGGUUGGAUUUGAAUUCAUUAGACUUAAUCGA